CAUUAAAUUUGUAAUCAAUGUGAAGCAGUUUCGCUGCAACUUCUGUACGUACAAAAAAUGACAUACAUUCAGCGACAUAAGACGGAAAGUUGGGAAAGUAGAUUACGAUUAUCGGUAAAGAAGUAAACUAUAGUUAUCUCAUUCCUAGAUAGUUGUUCUCUCUGAAUACAAUUCUGUUCAAACUGUCCCUCAAUAAACUCGAAUUCCAAUCGAGAACAGUUCAACUUUCGUACAAGAAGAUGAAAAUUUAGAAAAAAAAGGAAUUACCCUGAACGUAAAUUUACACAAUUAUAAUUGCAAGCAAAUAUUUUCACCUUUUCUCAAAUUUGUGCAACAUUGUGCAUAAGAGAAACGUGAAUGUCUCUCUUUUUUUUCGUCUACGCGUGUGUACCGAACGGCGAGACUUUACUGGAACCGACGUUAACCGAGUUUGAUCGAAUUCAUACGAACAAGCCUAAGUUUCCUGUGAUCCAGAGCCGACGCGGCGGUUAAAAGAGGCGAAAAGUGGGGUUAGGUUGUAGUAGAGGGACGAGAAGGAGAGAGAGAACGAGAGAGACGAGUUUUCUCGGGUCGUCAAAGUGGGGAUAGAAUCUCAGUGUGCAGCAGAAGCAAACAUAUAGUUCUGCGUCCCCGAGCAGGCCGUGUGGGAUCAGCGUUGCCGGACAGAGAAAACGUUUCGUGAAGCGAAAGAGAGAGGAGAAGAAUCAGCGUCGAACGAAGGUAGAAAGAGAAGAGAAGAAAAGGGAGCAACAGCUCGUGGAACGGCAUGUCCUCGCGUGCUUGUGUCGUACAGCGUUUCUGAACGCAGCCAUUACGACAGAACCGCUCUCGGUGACGCUUUGCUGGCGGUGGAGCGGUGCUCACGCGCGCAGUGGUCACGGAACGAUCGGAACGAAAAGCACGUGUCUUUUUCGGUGAAAAAGAAAUUCGUAGUGAGAAACGGUAACGAGGGAGAGACUAACGAUCGUCGUACGAACAAAUAAUUAAACCGUGUUUCUGUGUGCGUGUACAGAGGCUCAGAGACGCCUCUUGGCGCGCGGCGUCACGUCGCGCGGGCAUUAAUAUCUCCGAGUGUGCCCAAUUCAAUUAGCAACGUUAUUCACGAUCUGUAAAAAAUCUUCGAUCUUUGUGAACGGUACUCUUCGAAGAGGAAACAUUAAACCGCAAUCAUGUUUGACGUAUUCGGCUCCGUGAAGGGCUUGUUGAAGCUCGAUACCGUGUGCAUCGACAACAAUGUGUUCCGGCUGCACUACAAAGCGACGGUGAUUAUAUUAAUCGCUUUCUCGUUGUUGGUCACGUCGAGACAGUACAUAGGAGACCCCAUAGAUUGUAUCGUGGAUGAAAUACCGCUUCACGUGAUGGAUACGUACUGCUGGAUCUACUCGACGUUUACGAUUCCCGACCGAACCGGUGUCGUCGGUAAAGAUAUCGUGCAACCUGGCGUAGCAUCUCACGUUGAGGGUGACGACGAAAUAAAGUACCACAAAUAUUAUCAGUGGGUGUGUUUUACUCUCUUCUUCCAAGCGAUACUGUUCUACGUACCCCGUUACCUGUGGAAGACUUGGGAGGGUGGCAGGAUCAAGAUGUUGGUGUUGGAUCUUAAUUGUCCGGUGAUGAGCGAGGAAUGUAAAACGGAAAGGAGAAAGUUGCUGGUCGACUAUUUUUCCAAUAACUUGCAUACACAAAAUUUUUAUGCAUUCCGAUUUUUCCUCUGCGAGGUGCUGAAUUUCAUUAAUGUGGUCGGCCAAAUUUACUUUAUGGACUUCUUCUUGGAUGGGGAGUUCACCACCUACGGUUCGGAUGUGGUGAAAUUCACGGAAAUGGAACCGGAGGAGAGGAUCGACCCCAUGUCUCGUGUAUUCCCGAAGGUCACCAAAUGCACCUUCCACAAAUAUGGUGCGUCCGGCACGGUGCAGAAGUUCGACGGGCUGUGUGUACUGCCAUUGAACAUCGUCAAUGAGAAGAUUUACGUGUUUCUCUGGUUCUGGUUCAUCAUUCUGUCCGUGUUGAGCGGUUUAACGCUGGCCUAUCGUGCCGCGGUCAUAGCCGGACCAAAACUUCGUCUAGUGCUGCUGCGUGCUCGAUCGCGACUCUCCCCGCAAGAAGACAUCGAAUUGAUCGCGAAAAACUGCCAGAUCGGUGACUGGUUCAUUCUUUAUCAGCUCGGGAAGAACAUAGAUCCAUUGGUAUAUCAACAACUCGUCUCGGAACUGGCCCUAAAACUUCAGGGAAAAGAACCCGUUUAGUUUCGAUUUAUAAUUGAUAUCCUUUUUUUGCUCGCUUGUUCAUUCCUCGAUCUUUGAUUUUGAUUAGCCAAGUUGAAAACCGUGUACCGUAGUUAAUUCAGCGAUUUAGGGGUCAUUUCCCAGUUGCCCGUUGCGACCCGAGAUUGCAUUCCAUACUUUUUGCAAAAUUGCGGACAUAAAAGACAUCCGUCAUGAACUGAUCGGAAAAUCGGUAUUUUUUUCCUUUUUUUUUGUUGAAUUAUGCAAUUCAUUCAUUCCUUUUAUUGUGCCGUCUUGCAUCUUCUCUUUUCCUCGUCUUGCAAUUUCCUCGGGUUCGUCCAAUAAUCAAUUAUUUUUUGGCCAUUUUUUUUUUAACUAAAUCCAAUUUGGAUGGUGCUUACGAGAAGCGACAGUGCCAACAAUGCGCAAGAUUUAUUUUGAGAUAUCUCCGGUUAAGUGAAGGCCAGAAGGCAGUAUAGAUUGCUACCUUUUAUUUUUCUAACGCCGCCAUUUUUACUCGCAAAUAAAAAACGAUUCUACUUUACUUAAUCGAUAUCUCUAGAUAAAUCUGUAAGCAACGACGAGGAGACGUACGUGAGAGAGUGAGAGAAAGAGCUUAGUAUUAAAAAAUAAACUCCUCUGAUACAUGGAGGGCUUUGUAGAGAGACUCUGAUUGUGUGAUAUAAAAUGGGCGACGACGUUCAUUUUCUCUGCCUUUUUAUUUCAUAUCUUUUUUUUCUUUUUUAACAUUGAGCCUUUGCUUUUCGUUCCUUCGAUGGGGGACGCCAAACGUUUUUGUACCGAGAAGAGAGUCGGGGCGGUGAGUCUACUGCGAAGGUUGGUACGCCUGGAGAACGAUGUACCAUCGGUUCGCAAGGGACCCGCUUAUUUUUUUUCCCCCUCGUUCGAGAUUUCGAACGCGUCGUCCUUCCAGAAUCGUAAUUUCAUUGUCUUACCAGUUACUUUUCAUAUCGUAGACGUAAGACGUACACAUCUUGUACAUUAUAGACCGUCUUAUGAAAUAGAAAAUAUAAAUUUAUAUUAUAUAUAAAUAUAUACAGGAUGUCUCAAAAAAACCCGAAACCUGUGGGUUCUUCGUGCCGAAACUAAUCAAAAGCGAUUAAAAAUUGAAAGACGGUAAGGUAGUUUCACAUUAGCUUCGGCACGGAAAAUCCAUUGUUUGAGGGUUGUGCGAUGUUUUUUGAGACACCCUGUAUGUUAUAUUUAGAGGUUGAGAGAGAGAGAGAGAGAGACACGGAUAUAUAGAAUGAAAUAUAUAUAUGAGAGAGAGAGAGAAAAUGAGAGAGAGAAAGAGAAAAGAGAGAGUGAGAAAGACAAGGAAGUAAAAUAAUUUAGAAACACUAUCAAAUUUUCUUUCUGUAAUACCUUCAAACAAUCUAUACCGAGGGACCAAAUAUAAGAUAUGUGAAGAAGAACAAAAUAUCUAUGAACAUGCAAGUUUCUUUUUCUCUGUUAGAGUUAGAGUUUCAUUGAAAUUACUGCCGAAUUAUUAGAAACCGUCCUUUAUUAGGCAAAACACGUUCCCUGUCUAACGUUUCACGAGCAGGAAUAAGAUAUUCGAAAUUUGAAAAGACAAAUAAAAACGCUUAGCUGAUAAGAAAUUAGAGUAGUUUCGCGCCUCAAGUUGUCCGCCAUUUGUAUUCUUGUGGAAUUCAUGCUCAAAGUAAGACUGCCAAGUAAUCGGGACACUCCAUAUCAUCGUGAUUCUUGUAUUUUGUACCUAUUUAGGAUUGUACACGUGAAUAGAAUUUAGAAUGUUUCUAUCAUUUAUCUUGGUUUAUACAUUUCCUUCUCCCUGCUUCACGUCAAUUUCCCCUCGAUUAUUUUUCUGUCCUGUUUUUUUUUUUUUAAUAUAUGCAUAAUAUUUUCUCCGACAUAUUUCGUUCCUUUUAUCCCACCUUGUUAUUCGUUUCUUCUUCUUUUUUCCGUUGUAGUUUUCAUAGAUAUCUUAGAUAUUUAACCUUAAUCAAGGGGAGAGCCUCGACCAGUCUCUUCAGGAUCCACCGAGGAGGGAUAAAGAAUCAAAAAGACGCCGCAGUUAGCCUUAGUACCUUCGGAUACUUCUGUAGUUUUUUUGAAUUAAAUGUUAAGAAGGAAAGAGGGUAUCCUAAGGGCUAUGAUUCCUUUUAAUCGAUAAUUACGUGUCAGUGAGAAAAGCUUGCUGACCAACGGAUAAAAGUGCCUAAUUUGUAUGCAUAUCUAAUGCAUCAAAUUUGUAAGCUGCAUUAGUAAAUAGUGAUAGCAUACCGUUAGGCUAUAUAUUUUGGAUCACAUUUUCUCGAUAAAUAAAGAGGACCAUAUACACGCACACAUACACGUGAAUUUGUAUCGUACAUGUGUCGUAUGUACAUGUUUCCUUGCGACUAUAUAAGCGAUAAGAUAUACAUAUAUAAAUAAAUAUAUAUUUUUAAUAUAUAAUUAUAUAUUAUAUAUUUUAUAUAUAAUUAUAUAUAUUAUAUAUAUGUAUACAUAAUUAUAGUGAGCGACCUAGUUCAGAAUUACUGGAGAAACGAGUGAUAAUUGAUUAGUAACGACUGUUUAUGCGUUAUUAUCCUUAUUAUUUAAUAUCCAUGGCUUUUGCUCGUUGAUGCUAAUUUACUGUUUACACAUGAAACGAGGAGAAACCGUUUCUUUAUCGCGACAAAGUAUUAGAAAUAUAAAUUGACUAGUUUUAAGGUGUACGAACAAUUAAAAAUUCACCUCUGCGACGUUCGUCUUUGUUGCGCUUAACGAUAAUAAUUGUAACUACUGCCCAAUUUAUGUUCUCUCGCACAAAUGUGCAUGGAAUUAAACGAAUAAAUAUCAGCGAGUAAUUUUAGUA